GUGAUCACCCUUAUUCACACGACAUACAUUCUCCAGAGGUCAUGAUAACGACAGUCACGAACACAUUCCGACUUUGAGAGAUUUUCAAGAUCGACACUCCUCGAUCUACGCUUUUGCCCUUUCAUUGCUUCUGAACUCUUUGACCUGCAGAUCUGUUUUUCUGACAUCAGCCUGCUACAAAAAUAUCAUAAACGACUCAAUAUACCCUGUUACUACUUCUCUCGUCAACAACCAAGAUGGUGUCGACCCGCUCUCGGACAUCAGGUGACAUCAAGGCACAAGUUGCGGCCAUCGAUGAAGCUUGUGCCAGCACUGGGACCAAACAGACAACGAUCACGAGCUUCUUUCUUUCCUCGGUCAAGCGUACGAACGAUGUCGUCACAGAGACUACUACUAUGACUGGUGUUGUCGUGACGGAGGCUUCGACUAGUCCUACGUCCAAUGCUUCCUCGUCUGAACCAACUGCUCCAGAGAGCUCCACUGAAGAGAAACUGGCAGAGCAACAGCCGUCUGAGGCACUCACGAAUGGCCGCGCCAAGAAGCGCAAGGCUGCUGAUGCAGCCACUCCUUCUGUGACGAAGAAGUUCAAAACUUCCAAGACAAAGACGGUCAAGGUCAAGGAAGAAGCCAAUGCUGAUUUCCAGUCUCCGAUCAUCGCAACUUCCGAUGAGCCAGUCUCCUCCGAACGCCGUGUGCUGCGCCAGCGAGGAAGCAACGGUAGAGUCAGUGUUGCACUGAAAGAGGUCCAGGCCGCUACUCAGAGCCUGCCAACAGGCAUUGUCAUCCUCAAAAUCAAUGCCGAGCGCCUCAGAGCAUUCCUUACCCGUCCUUCUCCGCCGAAAAAGAAGAGAACCAUCUUCCGUCGAAGUCGCUCCAAUCCGUAUACCAACAAAUAUCGCUUCGAGUUUGGUGAAGACCGUCUGCCCUCUCACAGUGAACCGACACCACAGAGCCUCAAAGAGGUUGCUGAGAUCUUGGAGAAGGAGCGCAUGACUUUGACGAACGGAGCCCUAGUCACAGCAGAAGCGUUCACACCUUUCCAUGCUGGCAGCCGGCUUACGGUCGACGCCCUAGUCCGCGUCAUUAUUGCGCAGGCCUGCACAAACGAGGUGGCCACUGAAGUCCAGCAAACAAUGAGGCUGGCUUAUCCUUACUACGUGGACGGCAAGAAGGUGGUUGGUGAGAAGCCAAAUUACCAUGAUGUGCGCGUGGGAAGUGUGAAGAAGUUGGAGAGCGUGAUCAAGAAGGGUGGCCUAAUCUUCAAGGCCCAGAAGAUUAAAGAUUGCCUGAACGCAGUCUUUCAGAAAAACGUCGCUCUGCUUCAGCCAGGAGAAGUUGAGUAUACGCUCAACGACCCCAUAUCGACCGACUUCGUCCCCGGCUUGUUGUCCAUGGACUACAUAUACGACAUCUACAAGGAGGGUGGCAAACAGGCAGCCUUCGACAGUCUUGUCGAACUUCCACUCAUGGGAGUGAAGUCGGUCUGUUGUCUGAUGGGUUUUCACAUGCGCUUACCUGUCUUUGCCGUCGAUACACAUGUCGCGAACAUGGCCAAGCUUCUUGGUUAG